GAGUUGCACUUGCACCAACAUGCCCAUAGGCAGCAGGUUCAGGUUGGAGUUGACCCGGUAACCCAUGCGAACAUGCAAUCCGAAGCAACAACUGCCGUUAUGAACGCGAGAGCUGAGACGGCAGCCGUGUUCGGUGAAGCUGAAGCAGUGAUUCUGUCUCUAAGAUCAGAGAACCAACAGCUAGGUGCCCAGGCCGCCGCGAUUCAAGGUGAGUCGUAUGCCGCCAUACAGGCGCUAAGGUCCGAAAACCAGCAGUUGGGUUCACGCGCUUCGGUGAUUCAGGGUGAAGCUGAAACGGUGAUCGGAAACCUCCGAACUGAGAACCAACAGCUAGGAGAGAUGAAUCGCGAGCUCAACCAGAGACUCGAAAAGCAAGCUAAGAUGAUCCUUGAGCAGCAAGAGUUAUCUAAGGCUAUGCAUCAACAGCUAAUCGCACUUCAGUCGCAUGUGCAAGCUGCCGAACCAAAGAACCCAAGCAUCCCUCCAUCGGCCAUCCCCGCGAGCUCUACCCAAAAUGGCGCGGAUCAGGCUGCGUCUGCAUUCAACGCAUUGCAGGCACUCGCGGGUGAGGUUGGGGGAACAAUGCGAAGGAUUGAACAGGCAAUUGAGGCUUCCGGUUCUAGUGGUUCGAUUGCCCCGGGUCCGGUUGAGUUUGGAUUGCCAGCGUACCAAUGCAGCCGUAAGAGCAUCUUCACGGGUAGAUUGCAUUCCGCAACACCCGCUCCUCCACCUCCUCCACCACAGAAGCUAAAGCCCCAAGUCUUCGACAUAGCAGAUGAAGAUGACUUUGAUGAGCAUGGUGAAGAUGAGGGUGAUGAGGACGGAGAAGACUUCGAGGAUGAUCCAAUCGUCCCCGUUGCGGCUCACGAGCCUGAAGAUGACAGAGAUUACGAGUCUAGCAUUUAUAAAUACAAAGACCUGAAAGACAUCAAGCUUCCCCAAAUUCCGGGUUCUAGCGUUGAGUUCAGGGCUUACCGCAAUUCGGUGCUAACACAGAUUGCGUCAAUCGAUUGCAGCGGCAAAGCCGUCCUGUUGAAGUGGCUUCAGAAGAGCCUUGAUCCAUCAGGUAGCAUUGCAUUGACACGGUGUCACGCAUCUGGAACGAUGCCAUCGGGUCGUGCACUCUUGUCCAUUCUUAGCAGAAGAUACCGGAUAGAUAAAGUGCGCGGGCCAUUGGUGACGCUACAAUCCUUGUUCGAUUUAGAACCUGACUCAUUUUCCUACCAAUCGCUUGUAGCCUUCAAACAACGCGUCGAGUACGUGUUGAAUGGCUUACCGGAGCGGCAAUGGCCAGACGCCGAAACAAUGUUUUCCUGGAUCUACUCACGGCUAAAGGGAUGCAGGAUGCUUUCACGCACCAUUGAUCGGGUCAAAGAUGCCAAGCCGGGUUCCAAGCGUAGGACAUUUGAGUACAUUUGGAACGGGCUCGAAGAGGUUCUUGCAGAAGUGCGCGAGGAUCGUAACGAGCAAGCGCUCAAGGAUUCACUCAAAGAGGAUUCCAAACAGAAGCCGAAACCAGAUGCAAAUGCGAAAGCAGCCGCGGCCAAGGCUACGCCCGAGUCACCGACGCCAAUCGUGGUGCCGGUGAGGGUGCCAACAGGGACAAAGGCAAAGGUAAAGGGAAAGGUUGAUGACUAUGUUCCGGUAUUUCGUGAGCAGAUCAGGUUUGGUGGUGACGGUUUGCAUAGGGAAGGUUCCGGUGCCGACGAUGAGGGUGAUGAGGAUGCACCAACCGAGGCUCAGCGGCUAAUCACUGAAGCCCAGACGCGCUAUGCAAAGUGUGAUGAUGAGUUAGAUCCGGUUGAAGAGCAUCAGCAGCACCUGGUGUUUUCGCAGGUUGGCGGUUCGAUAGCGGCGAUCUCCGUCCCUAGAGAGGAGAUCCACGUUCCCCGCGGUAAUCCCAUCCUCCCGAUGUUCACCGCUGCAGAAGCUGCUUUGUCUAGUUUCACGAAAGCCGAGUAUGAAGCCAUCGAAUUUCUUGAUGUGCCGUUCAGCACGGUAGCGCCGUCAACACCCGCUGCCAAGCGCCACGAGUACAUUACUUUAGACAGACUUAUGCGACUAGGUGCAACACCUGGUUGUAAGGCCUGCAAGUUCGAUGGAACAGUACACACGCCAGUAUGUAAGGCAAGAUUUGAUGAUUUGAUUAAAGCCGAGAAGAUUGCCGCGAGCAAGUCAGUCAGAGACGCUGCACCGCCUGAUGUUGAGCGCCCUGAUCCUUCGGCGGAGUCUGCACCCGCAGCCCCCGAGGGUGAUGAGGAUGCUCCAGAGCGCGCGAGGGUGCUUGUGCAGCCUGAGUGGAUCGAUUUCGCUUCGAAACACGAGCUUUCCAGUGUAGCCUGUGUCAGCGGUAACAAAGCCACCACCAUUGCUUCAAACUCCAAGCGAGUACUGGAGCACUUCGCAAAGGUGCCAACAAAGGAUUCGCCAGGGAUCAAUGCAACCAACAUCGAAGCAUAUGAGUUUGCAGAUCUCGUGAUACAAUCCUUGUUUCCCCAGAGGUACUUCAAAAGUGUCCCCAAUCUUGGUAAAGCUAGCGCGCUUAUCACCAAGAAUCUCUCCCGCCGAGAAUGGCAAGCUGAGCCGAAGGCGCUUGAAGCCAUCGCUCAAGAAGCAGAGGGGUUGCGCCGAAACGGCACAUGGGAUGACACAACAGCCAUGCCUUUGCAUGAGUUGAGAAGUCAGGCCAGGUCUCAGGGCGGAAAGGAGUCCCAGGAGUUUCCAAGCAACUGGUUCUUUGAGUACAAGAUCACCGGGACAACACCCGACAAGCUUCGUCGAGUGACCACGCCCUGCAUCGCUGAGUCGUCAAUGACCGACGAGGAUAUCUCAGCGCAAGGCGAGCUCCACGAUUCGGCAUCACGCAUCUUGAUGCGCUGUUUGUGGUUAGCUCGUCUCUGUAGAGCUGACAUCGCAUUCGCUGUAACUCGCCUAGCUUCCAGGGUCACUAGGUGGACUGCCUGGGAGGACAGACAAGUGCUGAGACUUGUGUCAUAUAUUCAUCACACCAGAGAUGUUUGCAUGAAUGCCAGUUGCUCUUGGGAUGCCGCUCCCGAGCUGCGAGUGUAUACAGAUGCUGACUUCGCAGCCUGUCCCUACACCUCACGUAGCACGUCCGGGAUUGUGGUCCACAUAGGCACAGGUCAACAUGCGUUCCCUGUGAUGUGGCAAAGUCGCAAGCAAACGUCUGUUGCGAGGUCGACGCCAGAGGCCGAAAUGAUUUCAAUGGCAUCAGCCAUGUUUUCAGAGGUCAUAAAUUUGCAGACGUUCUUACAGUCAGCCUUCAAAAGCACAGUGCCAAUCAUCUUCUUUCAAGACAAUGAAACUGUCUUGGCUAUCCUGAAGUCGGGAUACAGUCCAAAGCUUCGCCACUUAGGGCGCGUGCACCGCGUGAACGUGGCAAGUAUGGCAGAGAUCUUUGAGCAAGAAGAUUUUUCGGCUACUUACGUGAACAGCAAGGAGCAAUUAGCUAAUGGUUUGACUAAGAUCAUCCCUCCUGCUGAGUGGUCUGAUAUGCUCACACAGUUGUGCCUUCACGAAGGUGUCCCUCACAAUGCAACCGUCUCAAAGGUUGUAGUCGAGGAAGCAGAGCGUUUUGCAAGCUCACUGCCUAGGAAGAUCACACAAGAAGACCUUGUGCAGCUGUUGUCAUAUUUGCCAGGGGAGAGCGCCGUGCGCCCCUCUGCAAGUGAGGCAAUGUGCUUCACCACCGGUGCGUUCGCGCACGGAGGAUACCUAGAAAUUGGGCUUUUUCCUGGCCCGGAGGUGCCCUUCUGGUGUGAGAAAACGGUGCCGAUCGGUAUCCGAGAUGCUUCAGGUGCUUACAUCAUCAACCCGGAGAAAUCCUACAAAGUGAAGAUGGACGAUGAAGUGAUCGUCCUGGCCGAGGAUGACGAUGCCAUCCAGCGCAUGCCGGAGCCAAUGAUGGACUUCCAGGCGUGGCGAAACAAGUACGGUGCUUCCACCUUUGUGGAGGCGGACCCAAACGACAAUGAGAAAGUGCAGGUUUUGAUCUGCAACUUCACCGAACGAGGAUACGGCUGUGCCAUCCUCUUCGCUUUGGACGAGAUGGUCGCCCCGGGAUCUGUUUGUGACAUCUUCUGCUCGCUGACCGAAGAAGAUGCCAGAGCCAUCGUGAGCAAUGCUGAAGAGGAGCAGGAUCGCAGGCUCAAGAACAUCGAGGUGAGGCGAAUCUACACCACGGCCCAGCACCAGAUGACCGCGCAGCACAAGCUCAACACGAUGCCUCUUCAGGACUACGACUUCCACUUCAUCCUGGCUGACAGCGCCCUUGGCUUUCAGAAGGCCGACGAGCAGACCGUGGCCAUCAUCCUGCAGAUGAAGAUGCUCCUGAAGGCCCGCGCGCCCGACCUGGAGUUCAACCCGCUCGUCGAGAUCUGCACCAACAACGCCCACGCGCAGCUGGGGCUUCUCGGGAUCGAGAACACCAUCAACACCAUCUCCAUGAUGUCACGUGCAAUGGCCCUCGUAGCCAUCGACACCCUUGCACACGGCGUGCUGUCUGACCUGCUUUCAGCCACGGGCAACAACAUGGACAUCAUGACCCUCAGAGACUAUCUCGGCCAACAGCGGCUGCCAUCGCAGAUAUCUUUUGCAGAGAUCACGGCCAUGGUGAACCGCGCAGCCCAGCAGGUCGUAAUUGGCUGGUCGGAGAGAGACAGCUACGGCAACAAGGUUUGGGUGGUGAACCCCAAGGAGAAGCUGCAGCCGCGGGUUUGGACCGAGGAGGAUCGGAUCGUGGUGAUCAAGGAUGUGUGA